GUUCUUAGUAGCCUCCCGUCGGUAACAUAGGGUCGUUGACUCAUUUUCUAUAUAACUACUACGUCUGUUCGCUUUUCCUCGUCUGAAAUUCUGCAGCCCAGUCUCUUCUUUGAGUUUCCCCAACCGGCCUCAGCCUCAUCCGAUUCAACUCUCGUAAUCAGCCAAACAUCGCUUAGCUUUAGCUCUACCUCUUGCUUGAAUUCGAACCGCCAUUGCUUAUCUUCUUUACUGAAGCCGGCCCGAACUUGCAAUUGCUCGACAAUGUCGCAAACCACGCCCGACUCCGAGAGCAAGGCCUUAUCGAGGGAAGCUUCUCUCGAUAAGAUGAAGCUCGAUGGAACUACAUCCCACGUCGAGCAGACGCAGCCCGUUGACUUUGAUGAUUCUAUCGAAGAUACUGAGCCUUCUAAGGCAGUAUGGCUGAUCACCUUCACCGUCGCAAUGGGCGGUUUCUUGUUUGGCUACGACACUGGUGUGAUUUCGGCCGUUCUCGUCAGUCUCAAAAGUGACCUCGGACACGAAUUGGAUUCGCACGAGCAGGAACUGAUCACGUCCAUUACUUCUGGCGGCGCUUUGAUCGGUGCCGUAAUUGCUGGUCUUCCGGCCGACAAGUACGGGCGAAAACUCGGCAUUUAUAUCGGUUGCCUUCUCUUCCUUAUCGGCACAAUCAUUCAGGCUGCUGCGUUCUCCGUGGCGCAAAUGACUGUUGGUCGCUUCAUUGUCGGCUUGGGAGUCGGUUCUGCGGCCAUGAUUAUCCCUCUGUACAUCGGCGAACUCGCACCCGCGAAACAUCGUGGUCGCAUGAUUGCAUUCGACAACAUGAGCGUAACCCUCGGACAACUAAUCUCCUACGCCCUCGGCGCCGGCUUCACCGAGGUCUCCCACGGAUGGCGCUACAUGGUUGCUGUCGGCGGUAUUCCACCCAUUAUCCUCGCGUUCCUCCUUCCCAUGUGCCCUGAGUCGCCCCGACAGCUCAUCUCUCACGGAAAACUCGAGGAGGCUACGCGCGUCAUUAGGCGCGUGUACCCGCACGCGACGGAAGAGCAGGUUAACGCCAAGGUUGGACACAUGACGUGGUCGGUCGAGGUCGAGGCCCAGGCUACCUCAGCCUCGCUUUGGGAUCGCUUCAAGGAGUUGCACGUUGUGCCUGCCAACUUCCGUGCUCUUGUCACCGCGUGCGCUAUUAUGUCUAUCUCACAGCUUGGCGGUUUUAAUACUUUAAUGUAUUACAGCGGGGUUCUCUUCGGCCUUGUUGGCUUCGACAAGCCUGUUGCUGUGUCCAUCGUCGUUGGCGCCACCAACUUCGUCUUCUCGCUGGUGAACCUCUUCAUCAUCGACAAGCUCGGCCGGCGCCGCAUUCUCCUGGUGACUGUUGCCGGAAUGUCCGUCAGCAUGGCCGUAGCUGCCGUCGCCUUCCACUGGAUCCCAGUCUCGCCAGAUCUCAAACUUCAAGCCACCUCGGUAAACUGGGCUGGCAUCCUCGUCCUCGUGACCAUCAUCGUUUACGUCGCCUGCUUCGCCGGCGGUGUCGCCACCAUCGCUUGGGUCGGCACCGAGCUCCUGCCCCUCGAGGUCCGCGCCCUCGGCACCAUGAUGAACACGGUCACCUGCUGGGGCUGCAACAUCAUCAUCGCAUCUACUUUCUUGUCCAUGAUGAAGGGCAUGACACCCAGCGGCGCGUUCGGGUUCUACGCGGGAAUUUGUUUCUUCGGAUGGGUCUUUGUUGUCUUCUGUUACCCCGAGGCCAACGGUUUGCCGCUCGAGGAGGUGAGGCAGAUCUUCUCUACUGGAUUUGGUGUCAAGAAGGCGAAUGAGCUACAGAGACUUCGCAAGAUGGGUGGUGGCUCGGCUUAGGUCCUUGUUAGGAAGUUGCGGCCUCUUUAUUAAGCGUAUUACAUACAGCCGAGCGACAAUUAUCUCCAUAACGAGGCAUGAUUAAUGGAAUCUAUCAA